GCAGUGCUCGCGGCGGCGGCGACGGCGGCGGGAGGUUCGGUUGUCGCCCGUUGGCCGCGCGGCGCCGCGCUCGGCGGCCGCCAUUGCAGUUUAUUCUCAGUUGCUUUUUAAAGAAGGAAAGCUCAUGGUGCAAAUUGUUAUUUCCAGUGCGGGGGCUGGAGGCCUGGCAGAAUGGGUGCUGAUGGAGCUACAGGGGGAGAUCGAGGCUCGCUACAGCACUGGAUUAGCUGGAAACCUCCUGGGAGACCUACAUUACACCACUGAGGGAGUCCCUGUGCUGAUCGUGGGGCACCAUAUCCUGUAUGGGAAAAUCAUCCACCUGGAGAAACCUUUUGCAGUCCUUGUCAAACAAGCUUCUGGGGAGCAAGAUUGUAGUGAACCUCGCCACGCGACUGGCACCCAGUACCUGGUGACAGCGCUCAUCAAAAACAAGAUCCUUUUCAAAACUCGUCCUAAGCCUAUUAUCACCAACGUCCCCAAGAAAGUAUGA